ACACCCACCACAAGGCCCACUAAACGUGUCAUGUGCCUCUCUCCUUUUCCCCCAAAAUCUGCUUCAGUUCACGUUCACGCUUCGCUACCUGCGCCUAUUCAUUGUCUCUUCUCUUCCCCUGCUCAACGUUUUUCUUCUCCCUUCCCCCACCCACCUCCACUCUUUUCAUUUCUAUUCUCUUCCCAAACAGAACGACCAUCGGAACAAACGGCAUUUUGUCAAACAGUUACGAGACUCAGCAUUAUUCAUAGGUGAUAGUACUGACAGUGAUUAAGAUUGCAAUUGCACAAUCAGAAUAUUUUUUAUAUACAAUGUUUUCAAGGUGACUGACAACAAUUAAGAUUGCAAUUGCACCAAGGGGACAAAACAAAACAAUGAGCAGCGUUUUGCAAGGGAAACGCAAGCGCCAGGACUUGGCUUCAAGGCUCUCGGCCUCAAUGAAUAAUGAGGAGGGUCGUGUCUACAACAUCAUUCGCGGGAGGAAGGAGAUGGGGAUAUGGCAAGGGGACAUCAAACGAGAAGCCAACAUCCCCGAUAGUUUGUUGAAGAAAUCCAUCAAGAUGCUUAUCACCAAGAAACUCGUCAAGGAGGUUGUGAACGUGCAGAACAGGUCCAAGAAGUUGUUGAUGGCAUCGGAUUUCGAACCCUCCAAUGAGAUCAGUGGUGGAGAGUGGUACACCGAAGGCAAACUCGACACAGAAUUUAUUGACAAGCUGUCUGAGGCUUGCUUUAGUAGUAUUCGUCGCCUGAAGGUCGCGACUUGUGAGGGCAUCCUUGAGUGGAUUAGGAAGGCGGGUGGUGGAGUCAGUAAAGGGCAGAUGGAGCAGAUUUUGAAGAAGUUGGUUAUGGAGAAUAAGGUGCAGGAAGUGACUAGUGAUGGCUCUGGGGAUUUUGAGUCUGUUCCUGUUGGUGAAGUUUGUUAUAGAUUGGUGAAGAAGGCUGCUGGUGUUGGUGCCAUGGCUUCUAUUCCUUGUGGGGUUUGUCCUAGGAUUAAUUCUUGUACACCCGAUGGUGUUAUCUCCCCUACAACUUGUCAAUAUUAUCAGAAAUGGUUGGACUUCUAAAUGUGUCCCAUUCAAAUCCAAGUCCUUUUUUAGUUUGGGAUUUUACAUACCUUUUAGUUUUGAAUUCCAUCUUUUUUAUUUUUUUAUUUUUCAUAUGGCACUUUCUAGAGUCUUUAUUGAUUUUCUGUUCAAUGUGAUACUUAAAAGAAUUAAUUGAUUUUCCUUUUGCAUUUAA